CUGCAUCGACAAGUUAAACAGAGUAAUUUGCUUGUUAUUUGAUAAAUUUGAUCCCCAUUCAAAUCUGUUUGCUAAAUCUCAUACAUUCUUGUAUACAUACAAUAAUUUAAUCACAAAAUACUAUAAUGUUCCAUCAAUAUUAGCAUAACAACAUAUACCAUCCAUUAGUUUCAUCCAUAUAAACAUAGAAACGAACUAGAAGAACAAAAACAAAAAGAAUCCAUAUCCAUUCAUUCAUUUACUCACCUCAUUGAACCUCCACUUUUUGCAUUCACUCACUUCAUAUUCAUCAUUUACAUAUACAAAGCCUAAAAUGGAAUUCCAAUCAGAAAUAGAUGUAUAUAAAACCCAGCUUCAAGAGCUAUUGGGUCGGAAGUAUCUUGAUCAAUCAUUAUUGAUUGGGUUUAAUUCCAUAAUACAGUCAAAAUUCCAAACUUGGAUAACUAAUGAUUUUAAUGAAUAUUUUACAAAUUCAACACAGCCACUGAGUGGUCAAAGUGAAAGUGCCAGUAUACCGAAUAAUCAACCUAUCAUAGAAUUCAACACUAUGGAUUAUUUAAAAUGCAUUUGGAGUGAAUUUCAUUAUCCUGUGAUUAAAUUUUUCCAAAAGAUUCAUUCAGAAUACUUUAAUGAUACUCAAUCUGAAUUUAAAAAACUUCAAGGUCAAGGAAGUGCUAAUAAGUUUAAAGUUAAACCAGUUGAAAUUAGAAAGUUCAAUGAUAACUUUGUCAAAUUUACAAAAUUGAUUUAUCAAUUUUAUAUUAAUAUUUUAACUCACUUUUCCACUAAUUAUAAGGCAUCAUUAUUACCUCGUAUUAUACUAGUUCAUUUUAAAUUGAAACUAACUCCCAAUGCAGUUGAAAUAAAAGAUGCCAAUGUUCAAGCAAAUUUGGUAUAUUUAAUCCAUAAAUGUUUAUUAUCAUUAGGUGAUAUUUCAAGACAUCGAACUUUUAUUGAAGUUUCAUAUGUUAUACCGUGUAUUUCCAAUAAAGAUUUCUUUAAAUAUAGGAAUAUGUCAAACAAAGAAAAAGCAAUAAGUUUCAAUCUUAGACUUCGAUAUGAAAAAUCAGUUCAAUUUUAUAAAAUUUGUAUAUUAUUAUUACCAGCAUUAAAUGAACCAUAUAAUCAUAUCGGAAUGAUUUAUAAUCUUAUAGAUGAAAAAUUUAAUGCUUUACUUUGGUUCCUUAGAUCUCAAUUUACAAGAAUUCCAAAUUAUAAUUUAGGAUUAUCCAAUUUAAAUUCAGUCAUUAAAAAGAAAUGGUUUUUAACUAAUUUAUGUGAUAUAAAUUUUGAAGAUUUAUCUACAAUCAGAAGAAAUAAAAACUCAUUAACCAUUGAAGAUGAUUUAAAUAAUACUUUGGUUUGUUUGAUUGGUUAUUUUUAUUAUCCUGAUGUUUAUAAAAAGGGUCCAAAUUUAGUAAAAGAUCUUAAAUUCUCCAAAAUCGAAACUCAAUUCUUUCAUUGGUUAAAUAUGUUAUUUCAUAAUCUCAUUAUCAGUCGAGACACCGAUGGAUAUUAUUUCUUCAUCAAACAAUUAAUCAUCGUGUUUGGGUUUAAUAAAUUAACUUCAGAAGAAAAUUCUGAAAAUAUUCAACGAUUCGCCUUACGAUAUAUUGAAAGACUUCUUGAUAUCAUUGUUAAACAAGAAAUAAAUGAAAUUACAAGAAAUCCAAUAUUAAUUUGUGUCAGAUUCAUCUUAACUUGGUUAAAAGAAAAUAAGAAUGUUUCAACUUCUGCUAUUUCUAGAGGAAAUACAUUAAGUAUAGUUAGUGCCGUAUUGAAUUUGAUUCUUAAAGAUACCCAGAGUUUCCCUCAUCCAUUGGACUUACCUGAAUUAAGAGAAAAUAUUAAAUCAGGUACAAGACCAGUUAGAGCUUAUUAUUUUGAAGAUGAUGUCAUUUUUAAAGAUUUUAGUUUAAUUAAAUAUCAAUUUAAAGAUUUUAAGGAUGAUAACUUAUUCAAAGCAAAUAAUAUUAAUUUAUUAUGUGGAGAUUAUACCGAGUUUUUAAGAGAAGGUAAAUUACCAACAUUUCUUGAUUCUCCAUCAACUGAGAAAGAAGUUGAAAAGGAUGCUGACACAAACGCAGCUGUUCCUGAGGUCCCGAUUAUUGCACCUGAAACUAUUAGAGCUGAAAUUUAUGCUUUUGAACUUGGAUUAAGAGCUAAUGCCUUGUUAGUUUUGGGAGGAAGCAUUUAUACUCAAAAGUCAGGAGGCUUAUACUUUGAUCAUGAAAUCGAGGUGUUUGCUGUAAAGAAGGUAGACGUUAUACCAGCUGUCGCUGCUAAGACUGUCAGGGCCAACAAAUCAGAUAAAAGUACCAAAAGACUGAUUAACUAUAGAACUGACACGAAUCCAAAAGUUUACAAGAAUCAAGGUAAGUCUCAAACUUCUAAAGAAUCAUCGGUAUCAACUGUAAGAGAUUCUUCUCAAGAAAUAAAUUCUCCAGAUUCUAUGAAAGAUAUUGAGGAAACCAUAUUAAACCAUACUAAUAUUUUGCAUAAGCAAUUAGAAGAAUCAGCAUCACCAGAACCCGAGCCAGAAGAUGUUAUUAUGCUUAAUCCUGAACUGAAUCCAAUACCACAGAAACAACAACCAAGAAGUAGAAGUAUAUGGAAUAAUAACAAUGCUCCACAAGAUAAUAAUAUUCAUUUUAAAAUACCAUCUAAUUUGACUCAAAAUGGAGAAAAUGAUGAUACUCAGCAAAUCACAGCAACUACUAGUAUAGUUAGUCAAAUUAGUCCAUCACCAAAUCAGCAAAUAAUAUCGCAAGGAUCACAGUCUACUGUUUCACCAUACCCACAACAACAACCGUUCAAUUAUAUAGGUGGAUCGUUACCACUUCAACCGCAAGUACCAAGUAAUGCUCAACCAAUUGGAUCCAAUCUACCAGUUGCUAAUGUAUAUGCUACAUAUCCACAAUAUCAACAAUCGCAACCAUAUCCUCAAUACCAAGUCAAUCAGCAAGUACCGUAUUAUCCACCAUUUCAAGCAAUGGGAGUUCCUACUACUCUGCCAGAUGCAUAUGCUGCUGCUCCACAAGCACAGCCAAUUCAAUUUCAUCCCCAAUCUCAGCCAUUAGGAAUGCCUGUUUAUGACCAACAGCAACAACCAUUCCCAUUCCCACCAUACCCAACACAACCACCACAACUACAACCUCAACCUCGACCACCAGCUUCGUACCAGCAACAACAACAGCAGCAAAGUCAAGAUCAACAGUACCAACAGUAUCGAUAAUCGAUGAAUCUAUUCACUAACAUAGCAGUAAAUAAUAGUAAAUAAAAAAUGGUAAUGGCGCGUACAAAGGUACAUACGAUAGUAAAUAGUGCUGUCUUAUAGAGUUAAUGCAUAUACAACAUAAAUAACCCAUUCAUAAUUACUUUGUAGCACUUGUCUGUCUGCAAAAAUAACGUUAUAAUUAUCCUCCAAUAUUUCCUAAAUGAGCGGGCUGAGCCAAACUGGUUCAUUAUUAAUUCAAAUUGGGCUAAGAUUUAAGAUUUCGCACUUUACGCUUUAACGACAGGAACGAAAAUUUUGUAUGGCCCGAUUAGAGAUCAGGAGGUUUCUACUGGUUAAAUUUACGUGUUUUAACUUCUUCUUGGUAUAGACAUAUUGUAUAUAAAUAUAAGUGGUUCCUGACUUGUAUACUCUCAGUU